CCCCCAUCGGAUUACGUGGGAUGGGAUUUAAUUUUUACGGGACUUUAAUAAAACAAAAUAUCAUUCUUACCCUCUUCCCUCCUCUCAUCGUUGUCGUUCUCCGAUCCCAAGUUCCCAAGCUCUCUAUCACUCUUGUCACGGGCGCCAUAGCGGUAGCCGGUGCUACUUCGGCGUCAAGGUUUCCAUGGAUCGUCUAUUGCGAUGCUAGCACAUUUGUUCUUGUUUUGAAGUCCAUCAACUCUCCUACUCUUCAAUUCCGAUAAGUCUCUGACCCCUAUCCUUUUUUGGUUUAUCCAUUCCAGUAUUCAUCUACAAUUUGGUAGUGAUUAUGUUUGUAAUUGAUGAGUAGUUAUUUUGAGGAUUUUUCCCCAAUUGAUGAAGAUGAUCAUGGGUAUUUCUUUUAUAUAUAUAUAUAUAUAUUUGAAAUUAAAGUUGUGAAUAAUCA